AUGACACAAGCUGCCAAAGAUGCAGCUAGAUUUUUGAAGAGUACUCUCCGUCUCCCCCGUUCGAAAUUUCCGCCCCGUAUUCCUCCUGCGGACCUUGCCAAACUCCUUCCCAAAUGUACAGACGAUCUGUAUGCCUGGCAGCGCCGGGAGCGACCCAGCUCGAAGCCAUUUGUGCUACAUGAUGGCCCACCCUAUGCAAAUGGAGAUCUUCACGUUGGUCAUGCACUCAACAAGAUAGUCAAGGACAUUAUAUGUCGAUCGAAGUUGGCGGAAGGUAGACGCGUCGAUUACGUACCAGGUUGGGACUGUCAUGGAUUGCCCAUUGAGCUUAAAGCCUUGGAGCACUCUGGUUGGGAGCGUGGACAAGGGGUUGAUCCCGUCAAAAUCCGUAAAGCUGCCAGAAAAUUUGCACACAAGGCGGUCGAGAAACAGAUGGCCGGUUUUCGUUCAUGGGCCGUGAUGGGCGACUGGAGUAAUCACUGGACGACUAUGCAAAAAGACUUUGAAAUGCGGCAGUUGUCAGUCUUUCAAUCCAUGGCAGAUCACGCCUUAAUAUACCGAAAGCACAAACCCGUCUACUGGUCUCCCUCUUCAGGAACUGCUCUUGCGGAAGCGGAACUCGAAUACUACGACGAACAUGUAUCAACAGCUGCGUUUGUGAAAUUCCCAGUCGAUGGUUUGCUCCCCGGUAUCGAUGUCGAUCAACCCGUCCAUCUAUUAAUCUGGACAACCACUCCCUGGACGAUCCCGGCGAACCAAGCGAUUGCAAUCAAUACCACACUGGAUUACUCUUUGAUUGACUCACCGAGUCAUGGCCAUCUUCUCGUAGCAAGCUCAAGAAUACCAUAUGUGGAAGGCAUCCUUGGUGAAGUAGUCAAAGUUUUGAUAGACCGAUUUUCGGUAGAUCUCUUGCUGAAUGCGACGUACUCCGGCCUUGCUGAGUUCGGGAGUGAUGCAAGGAAUAGGCCCAUCUAUCAUGCAGACUUUGUCUCAGCCGAAAGCGGCACCGGUCUCGUUCAUUGCGCUCCCGGUCAUGGAAUGGACGAUUACGAGGCACUGCAACCGUUGAUCAAGUCUGGCAUUGUCAAGGUGAAGGCCCCAGUGGAUAACAGUGGUCGGUUUGACGAAACCGCUUCUCCUCUCCAACCCACCCUUCUGGCCGGCAAAGAUGUUUUCAAGGCGGGAAACCAGUCGGUCCUGAGCAUGCUUGCUUCAAACCAGUUGCUUGCACACAAACAUAGUUUCAAGCACAAAUAUCCGAUCGACUGGAGAACCAAAGAGCCAGUGAUGAUACGAGCGACAGCACAGUGGUUUGCUGAUAUCUCCAAGAUCAAAAGCGAUACGCUGAAAGCAUUGGACUAUGUGACCUUUGUGCCGGACACGGGCGAGACUCGUCUUCGGACCUUUGUUGAGAAUAGGAGUGAAUGGUGCAUAUCACGACAGCGGUCGUGGGGGGUGCCAAUCCCUGCAAUAUACCACAAAUCAACGGGUCUACCAGUGAUCAACCAGGAGAGCAUUCAGCAUAUCAUCCACACCAUCGAAAAUCGUGGAAUUGACGCUUGGUGGUCCGAUGCUGCAGACGACCCUAACUGGAUAGCUCCAGGUCUGAAGCCAACUGAUUACAUUCGAGGAACGGAUACCAUGGACGUCUGGUUUGACAGCGGGACGAGUUGGACAUCGAUGCUAGACCCAAGCGCACCAGGAAAAGCACAGGCAGAUAUUUGUGUCGAGGGCACAGAUCAGCAUCGAGGCUGGUUCCAAUCCAGUUUACUGACCAAAGUGGCAUAUCAGAAGUCCAUGUUUCCCGGAGUACAAGCAUUUGCCCCUUUUGAUACCCUCGCAACUCAUGGUUUCACGUUGGAUGCCCAAGGGAAGAAGAUGAGUAAAUCGCUUGGCAAUGUGAUCGCUCCUCACGAGAUAAUUGCUGGCUUAGAAUCACAAGCUAAAGUGAUCUCGUCAACGACGUCCAAGAAACAGAGAGAGGUACAUUCUCUUGGCCCUGAUGCUCUUCGUCUCUGGGUGGCAAGUAGCGAUUGGAGCAAAGACGUGGUUAUCAGCCAGAUUGUUGUGAAGGCAAUCCACGCAUCACUUGACAAGUACCGUGUGACGAUGAAACUACUGCUUGGACUUCUAGAAGACUUCGAUCUGGACAUGGCCGUCCCUUAUGAAGAGUUGUCUGUACUAGAUCGAAUUGCUCUAGUACAUCUCCAUCGAGUAUCCAGUACAGUGCAGACAGCAUACCCCGACUUCGAAUUUCACAAGGCAGUGACUGCUAUCAAUCGAUGGGUGGCCACUGAUCUGUCUGGGUUUUAUUUCGAAGGGAUCAAGGACAUCAUUUACUGUGAUUCACCCACGAGUGUAAGGCGCCGCAGUGCACAAACCACGCUUCAUCACGUUUUGAGCCACUUUCAACAGAUGCUGGGGCCUAUUACGCCACUACUCGUGGAAGAAAGUUGGGCACACACACCUGAAAACUACAAAGAGAAGCUUGAGCAUCCCUUGAAACGAAUAUGGGCCAAGCCUCCCUUAGAAUGGCAAGGGGGAGAACUGAGCGAAUUGUUACCUCAGAUAACAGCCAUCAACACAGGAGUGAAAGCCGCACAAGAAAAAGCGCGCUCUGAAAAACUGAUGGGGCAGUCGCUCGCGUCAGAUGUUGUUAUAUAUCUUCACCCCACCGUCGAUCUAUCACAGAUACCCAGCGAGACUUGGAAGGAGAUCUUUGUGGUAUCAAGGGUGGAAUUCAUAUUUGACGGGAUGUAUGAGUCCAAAGCUACCACAGACGCCGAAACAGGAGAGGCUUCAUGGUCGCGUCAGACGAAUUUCGAGAUGCCUAAUGGCGCUCUGUCUGGAAUUGCUGUGGUGAAGAGUCCUCAUAGUGAGAAGUGUGCGCGAUGUUGGAAGUACGUUGUGGAUCCGGCGAAGCCCAAAGAGGUGUCGAGUGCAGGACAGAAGGCGGAGCUUCCUUUGUGUGAACGAUGUACCAACACAGUGGCGGAGAUUGUGAAGUAA